AUGGUCGUACAAUACCACGACAUUCGUGAAUCCACCGAGGUCCCUGUGCGCAUUUCUGGUGCCCGCGCGACAGAGAAAAAUCCGUACACGCUCUGCCUGGGCUGCAACGGCCUCAUGGAAGCCUCCGAGGGGUUCGAACGGACCAAGGAGCAUAAUUGGCACGAAGAGUGUAUCAAGGAUCAUAGCGAACAUGAAUUGGAGGAUGUUCAGGCAGCAUUGAAUACCAAGUUGCCCACGUUGGAGGCUCGAAGUCGUGUCGGGAGGAGGUUGAAGGAGGAGGUCGCUCCUGUCAAGCUCCGCUAA